UCCGCACUGUCAUUGCUAUCGACAACGCAAAAUGGCUGCUGUCGUUUGAAUGCAAAGUCCUCUUCUCGCCUGCAUAUCCGCAUAUUUGAGCCACACCGUCUAGAAGGGACCAUGGAGACGACAGAUCAUCCAAAUGUCAACAGUCCUUGCGGUGACUCUAGAGCGGAUGAUGACAAGUCUGCAAUCCAAAAUGGGCCUACUGAUAAACCGGCGGAAGAUGCAGCUGCACAGGCGGACACCUCGAACGAAUGCAACGGCUUAGAAGAUAACGACGAGGGUGACUCCGAAAUCGAAGCUUCAUUCAAUGCAACGGGAACCAUAGUAGACAAGGGCAUCGAUCAAGAACAGUCGGAAGACUGGGAAACGGAAAUUAGCUCUCCCUGUUACGUUGUGCCACCCAAGAGAUAUCUGUAUGGAAAGACAGUAUUUGUGCCUUCGGACAUUCACCCUGUGUCCAUGAGGCGGAGGACUCCGUGGUUACAGGCCGUGGAGGGACAGUUUGACGACGCCGAGGAUUCGUGACACACAGAGUCGCUGCCUAGACUUUUUAUUUGUGAUUGGGUAGACAAAAUUUUGCCUCUCAAACAGGGUGGGACUCCGCACAGUGAGGUCGGCGAAAACAUGUUUUCGGGGCAGAGAACAUCCCAGACGAAAUGGAAGGCGAGCUUUUCGGAACAAAUGUGCAAGAUAAUGGGUACGAUAAACACGUCCUGGUAGCGUUUUUUUGUCGUCUCGUGACAAUUUUUGCACUGACGUGGUCCCGUAAGGAAAGGUUAAAACGGCACGCUCAAAAAUUCGUCAAGUUAUACCAGUCACGUAUUUUUCAUUUCACAUUUCAAUGUGACAAAGCAAGAAUUGCUGAAGCGUCACAAGUUCCUACUAUGUAACGAAAUAAUUAUUUGCCUCUCGUCGUCGUUAUGAGGUAGUUAGUGGUGCUAACUACUCCGUUGUUAUGUCUCGUUUAUGUGACCUCGGGGUAACUUUUUCCCCCGCAAUCGACUUCACAAGCAACGAUCGCCUGUUCUAAACGCUGUUCCCUUUUUUUACUGUUCCUCCACCAGAUUUUAAGUGAUUGCGAACAAUUAUUUUGUGUUGACUUUGCAAUGCAGAGUUUUGUUGCUGCACGUGUCAAUAAAUCUCGCUUCGGUACAGCGAGGCACAGUGGCCUUUUUAAAGAUGCA